CUCCACCUCGCUCACCUCCACCGCUCCGACCUUCGACGCAUCUUCGUGCGCAAUAAGCAUGUCUCGCGCCUCCUCUCCCCUCUCCGACGCCGGCUCCACCGAUCUCUCCCUCUUCACCGAGCCCGCCUCUUUCCGUCCGGCCACUCCUCCUCCCUCCACCGCGCACUUCACACUCCCCCCUGCUCCCCCUUCGCUCGGCCUCUCCUCCGCCGAUGGCGCCGCACAAGACAUCCUGCUGCAUCUCGUCGGCGCACAUCCAUUAUGGGGGCAUCAUCUCUGGAACGCCGCGCCCGUCCUCUCGCGCUUCCUCAACGCCCAUGCCCCCACGCUGCUCGCACAGCGCUCCGUCUUGGAGCUCGGCGCCGCCGCCGGCCUGCCGUGCGUCGUGGCGCGCAAGCGCGGCGCCGCAACGACGGUGGCGAGCGACUGGCCCGACAUUGAGCUGCUUGCGAAUCUGCGCCGCAAUGUAGAGGCCGUCGGAGGCAUUGCUGAGGGAUUCGUAUGGGGCACAGAUCCAGCCGCGCUGCUCUCGCAUCUGCCAUGUGACUCGAGUGCGUCUGCGGCGGCGCCGAGGUUCGACCUGCUCCUUCUCUCCGACUUGGUCUUCAACCAUCAGGCGCACCCCGCGCUGCUCAAGACACUCUACCACACUCUCUCUGCUGCGCCUUCCUGCGCCUCGGUAUCGCCGCAGUCUUCGUCGCAGUCUGAGGCGUCUGCCUCUGCUCGCAGCAGCAGCAGCAGCAGCGCGACGGCCGACGAGGCAUCCUCCUCGUCGCCGCGCUCGCGCUCGCGCUCCACGGCGCAUGAUGCGCCGCCAGAGGGCCGCAGUGCCGCACCACAGACGCCCUGUGCGCUCGUCUUCUUUUCGCACCAUCGCCCCCAGCUGGCACACAAGGACAUGCGCUUCCUGGCGCUCGCCAGGAAGUGCGGCUGGCGCACCGAGGAGGUGGGACGAUGGCGGAUGCCU